AUGUCGUCCCCUUUCCUCAUCAAGGAGCACAAGGUGCCCGGCCAGCACAUCCGCGAAUACUCGCACGCGCUGGCCAACUCCCAGGACGACGUGCUGUACCUGUGCGUCAAGGAGUACGUCCCCAAGGACAACCUGAACCCGCAGCCCGGCGACGUGACGAUUCUCGGCGCCCACGCCAACGGGUUCCCCAAGGAAUUGUAUGAGCCUCUGUGGGAGGACCUGCACCGCGAGUCCAAGAACUUUGGGUUUCGGAUACGGAGCAUCAUCAUUUGCGAUGCUGCGUGGCAGGGCCAGUCCGGCCUUCUCAACGCCGACAAGUUGGGCAAUGAUCCCGGCUGGCUCGACUACACCCGCGACAUCAACCAAGUCAUCAACCACCUCCGGCCCCCAUGCCCAUCCCCCGCCGCCAACUCCUUUCGCCGCCGCGACGUCUGGCCCUCCCGCGAAGACGCCGCCAAAUCCUUCGCCAAGAGCCCCUUUUACCAGACCUGGGACCCCCGCGUCCUCGACGCCUGGCUCACCACCACCAAGCACCAGGAAGUCUUCACCUUCCUCCGCCCCACCUGGAACGCCUUCGACGCCACCGGCCAAAAAAUGGUCGACCGCUCCAAGGUCCCCGAGCUCGACGUCGAGAAGCACUAUCCCGUGUACCCCUUUUACCGCCCCGAGCCCGCCAUCACCCUCACCCGCGUCCCCAACGUCCGCCCCUCCGUCUUCUACAUCCUCGGCGGCAAAAGCAACCUCUCGCACGCCCCAACCAUCGGCAGCCGCCUGCGCUCCACUGGCGCCGGCAUCGGCGGGAGCGGCGGUAUCCAGCUCGGCCGCGUCAAGCAGGUCGUCAUGCCCGAGCAGGGCCAUCUCGUCCCCAUGGAGAAGCCGGCCGAGUGCGCUCGCCUCGGUGCCGAGUGGAUUGCCCAGGAAAUUGGUCGGUGGAAGGAUGGCGAGGCCAAGGAGUUUGAAGAGUGGAGGGCCAAGAACAAGUCGGAGAAGACGAUCCUUCCCGCUGAGUGGGGAACCCGUCUUGGAGUGGUGCCGAGGAAGCCCAAGGCCAAGAUCUAA